CAAAACUACCAAUAUCUAAAUCACCCCACCUCGAACUCGAACUCGAAAUCAAAUCCGUUUACAUCCCUUCACAAAGUCUAUAUCCUUUCCAUCAACUUUAUCAAAUAGUAUCUCAGUCCCACAGAUACCAGGCACACUCGAGUUUAUGUCCAUCGAAAAUCUCAAGACGAUCGACUCCUUCGCUGAAGCCGAUGCCGCCGGAGAUCCAGGACCAGACCAAGGCUCAGGGGAGACAAAGUCGUCGUUGAACGCGAACGGUUCCUCCCCUAUCGCAACAUCUAAGCCAGCAAAGUCCGCAAAGGCUGCUCCUGGUGGAACUCAAAUUGAGAACUUGAAAGUCUUUGAUCCUUUCGCCGAAGCCGACGAAGAACCCGGAGACCAAAAGGCCGCAGAAUAUAUCCAUAUUCGUAUCCAACAGCGUAAUGGACGUAAGACUUUGACCACCGUUCAAGGACUUCCAAAGAAAUUUGACCAGAAGAAGAUUCUUAAGGUUAUCAAAAAGAAGUUCGCUUGCAAUGGCACCAUUGUCAACGAUGUCAUCAUGGGUGACGUGAUCCAGCUUCAAGGAGACCAGCGCAAAGAUGUGCAAGAUUUCCUCACUGGUAAAGAUGGCUUAGAGCUUGAUGCCAAGACCAUCAAGGUCCACGGUUUCUAAAAUCGUCAGUCACACGUUACGAGCCAUCGCAGCUUUGUAAGCUCCCACCAUCAUAUGUGGUUGCCUGCAUGUUCAAUCCAUACCAUCGCUGCGAAAGACUCUACAAACAUGUCGGCGAGAUAUUCCCAAUCAUCCCCCGCAUUCAACACAGAAAGCGCUGGGCGGUAAUAAGGGACGGCUUUGCACACGAAUGUUCCAACUUUGCUAUUUUUAUUAUAGCGAGGUCUUCAUUCUCUUUCUUUUCACGCUAUUCAGAUCAGAAUGCUCAGCGCACCUGACUGUAA